UUAUCGGUCUAUAGGUCAAUUUGCAUAAUAUAGUGGAAUUAAAUUGGCAUGUGUAUUUUCGUUAGUCAUCAUGUAGCCUAUCUGAUUUAUCCAACAUAACUAUCACACACAGCAUUCCUCCUGCAGCUCCUCAGUUGGUUACUGCAAGAGUAAAAUGUGCUUUUAUAAGCCCAUUGCACAACAAUUCUAAAUGCAAUUGCAUGUUAAACAGUUUUGGUGCACAAUUAAAAAGAGCUAGGCCUACUAUUUUUAUUUCUCAACUCAAAGCCUAAUUGAAGCUCACCUCCCAUUCAAGUGCAGGCAAAAUGCUAUCAGCGUGUCACCACCACGCUACAAUGUGAGCUGGAGGCAGUAUGCAGUUUGAAAUUCAUUGUUUGAAAUCUGAAUGUUUAACUUCAUAUUAUGAGGUAUGUCUUACUUUGCUUCAAAGUAGCCUAUAGGCAAAAUCCGACCAUGGAAACUUUAUGUGAUGAAGUGAUGAAUCAUGCUUCACCAUCAGGUAGGCCGACGGUCGAAUCUGGGUUUGGCGGAUGCCAGGAGAACACUACCUACCCCGAUGCAUAGUGUCAUUGAAGUGUGGUGGAGGAGGAAUAAUGGUCUGGGGCUGUUUUUCAUGGUUCGGGCCCCUUAGUUCCAGUGAAAGGAAAUCUUAAAGCUACAGCAUACAAUGACAUUCUAGACGAUUCUGUGCUUCCAACUUUGUGGCAACAGUUUGGGGAAGGCCCUUUCCUGUUUCAGCAUGACAAUACCUCUGUGCACAAAGCAAGGUCCAUACAGAAAUGGAAAGUCUUCCCAAAAGAGUGGAGGCUGAUAUAGCAGCAAAAGGGGGAACAACUCCAGAUUAAUGCCCAUGAUUUUGUAAUGAGAUAUCCAAGGAGCAGGUGUCCAAUUACUUUUGGUCAUGUAGUAUAUUUUAGAUGCUUUUCACUGACAGCCUCAACUCAAUAAUUAGCAAGGCCUAUUUCCACACUCUGCCCCCUUCAAAAAAGCUAAUGAUCCUCGAUUCCUCUGGCUAAAUCAUGCUUUCUGGUGAAGUAUUUUAAGUGAUUUAAUAUAUUUCCAUAUAGACAGGAGUAGUUAUACAGUUGAAGUGAGAAGUUUACAUACAUUUAGGUUGGAAUCAUUAACUCGUUUUUCAACCACUCCACAAAUUUCUUUUUAACAAAUUAUAGUUUUGGCAAGUCGGUUAGGAUAUCUACUUUGUGCAUGACACGAGUACAUUUUCCAACAAUUGUUUACAGAUUAUUUCACUGUAUCACAGUUGGGUCAGAAGUUUACAUACACUAAAUUGACUGUCUUUAAACUUGUUAUUGCCAAAACUGUCUUCUGUGUGGGUGUGUGCCCUCUGAUUAGGGUCAAGGGAUGAAUGUUGAAUUAAAAAUGGAACAUAUGGUCUCUUGAAACAAGCUGUGUCAUGAUUACAGUGUACAUUCCAAUGUACAGUUAGUCAUAACACCAUUGCUGAGCUGUAACUAUCUCUUGGUUAAAAGAGUCCAGAACGCCAUGCCAGAUUUUGCACACAACACCCGGUUACAAUGUGGGCGUCCUCAUAACUAGUUUCUACCGCCAGCUAAAUAAUCUACAAAUGCAAGUCAUUCUAAAUCAGCGGUAGCUACCGUUUGGAAACGAGGUCACUCCUGUUAGAAUAAAGUAACUGAAGUUGCUGAAUAGUUCAUAAAGUCCUUCUACCACGAUACAUUUAUCGACUACCAAGGACACCACAUGGAAAAUCACACCAGUGCUAAGGUGCUCCUCAACCAUGCUACGAAUUUGUAUCUUCACACGGGGAAUUUAGUAAACCGAAGCCGUCUCAAGAAAAAAUGUCCGUCUUCACCUAGCGAAGAGAUUCAAGACUGUGUUCGAGCCACUCUUAAUGAGUGGUUUGCCACCAUACCACCAACAACACCAAUGGCCCUACCAGACACCAUUGACUGCUCCAUCCCUCAAGCUACAGAAGCAAUCACACCUGAAGAGAGGGAGGAGCUGAAGGUCUCUGUGAAACUAUUUAUUUGCGAGGCAGACCUCUCUUCAAUCAAAGAUGCAGUCGAUAAGUCUUGUCAGGCCCUGGCUGUGUCCCAGCUGGACUCGGUGAUCAUUGCACCCCCUGUUCUGCCUGAGGGGGAGAGCCAGACCCUGGAGAACCUGCAGCCUGCCUGGACGGAGCUGGAGGGCUUGGUGCAGAGCCACAAGAUCGCUGCCAUCGGAACCUCCGACCUGGACAAGGAGCUCCUGGAGCAGCUCUACAACUGGGCCCAGGUGAAACCCAGUAGUAACCAGGUGAAUCUGGCCUCCUGCUGUGUGAUGCCCCCUGAUCUGACUGCUUUUGCAAAGGAGUUUGACAUUCAGCUACUGACUCAUAAUGACCCAAAAGAACUGAUUACUGCUGCCAGCUUCCAGGAGGCAGUGCAGGAGAGCACUCAGGACCUGAAGGUAGCAGACUGGAGGUUGGAGUGGGUUUUGCGCUACUCCAUCAUUGUCAAAAGCAGGGGGAUCAUCAAAGCAAAAGGCUACCUUGUUCACUCAAAGAGAAACAACCUGUAGCAUGUCCUCUGAAAAUCUGUUAUUCAGAUGUUACUCAUGUCCAAUGCAUUUAAGACAGGGAUAUAGGUAGCUAAACUUUUAACAAACAUGGCUACAAAACUGAAUUGGAACCACAGAAAUAAUUCAGUUGUAUAGAUGGAUCACCUUGUUUUAGUACAAUGUUAGAAUUAUUGCAAGGCAGUUUAUAGGUUAAACAGCCUCUAACCCACUACGGAAAUGUCCCAUGAUAUUUUUACAUUCUAAAUUGAUGAGAAAAUUAAGUAGAGGUGAGCACUUUGGAUCGGUUGUUAAAGCCACAGAGCGAGAGAUGUAAAGUCCUAGUGCGCUCUGAUGUGUAUGAACAGCUCCUUCUGUUUUCUACUGUAUAAUACUGGCACCCUGUAUAGUGGGGACAAAAGCCUAAUUCCAAUAGAUUUCUGAUGGGUGAAAAAAAUGUAUGGUUAGUUCAUAAACUUCUCUUGAUUUAGUGUACAGUAGUUAUUUGAUUUUGAGAAACAACUUUAUGGAUGUUAAAGUAUUGUCUUGGCAAAUCUUUGUAUAUUCUUUUUCUUUUAAGCCCAGUGCUACUGACCGGGUAUACCAGGAAAUGAUUUGUCCUAUACCCCUAACUGCUCAUAAGAUUUUCUUAUUAGAAAAUGUGUCCCCAUCUAAGUGGUAAUAUGAGAAAUAUCCCCAAAUUAGGUUUACAUUCACAGUAGGCUUGACACCUUUAUGGUGUAUGUGAUAGUACUGGAAUAUUCCAGAUUGGCAUGGAAAAUGAAUUAUAAGCUCUAAAGUGUCUGGGUGGAUGUGUUAUUUAUUAAUCAUGGCAUUUCUUCCAGGCGUUGUCCACAAUCCUAAUAAGUUUGAGUUCUCUAUUGUACUGUAAUAAUUAAUAUAUUUAAUGUUACCAUUUCCUGUAUUGUUCUAUUGGGUUUAUUAAAUGAUUAAACACUU